CAUCUAUGAUAGAAACCGCCGAGCGUCGAUUUACAACGAGUUCGCUACGGCCGCCUACCGCUUCGGUCACAGCCUUGUAGCCACGCAGUUCCCGUUGAUGAAAACAGACGAUGAAGCGCUAGCCGACAGUCAUCCGAUAAACCUUGACGAUACCUUCUUCACGCCGGAUCUUCUUGAUGAGACGGGAGACUACAAGGGCAUUGACUCUAUCACACGCGGCGUCUGCCGAGGCAUCAGCGAAAAAGGGGACAGGUACAUAACAGACGCGCUCAGAGACAAACUGUUCCGAGGCCACGGCGAGACGUUCGGCUUUGAUCUCGCCGCCUUCAACAUCCAGCGAGGCCGCGACCACGGCCUCCUCCCCUACAACGAGAUGCAGAAUGCCUGCGAUUCCAGCAAACCCAAGUUCACCUCCUUCCAAGAUCUCGUCGAUAGAGGAGUCAUGGAAGAGAGGACGAUGGGGAAGCUGGAGGAGGUCUACGCGUAA